GGCGGCGGCGGCGCCGCCUUGGAUGAGGCGCCGCCGCCACGUCCGGAGGACAAGCCCGACGAUCCCGAAACUGUCGCUGUCGUGGAGAAGGUUGCAGGUUCUCCUCCACCAAAGGAAAGCUCAGCGGGUUCAGUUGAUAGAGAUGCUGUUCUUGAACGGGUAGCAACUGAAAAGAGAAUGUCCUUGAUCAAAGCAUGGGAGGAAAGUGAAAAGACCAGAGCUGAGAAUAAGAGCUCAGAAGAAGAUGUCAUCUAUUGCUUCCUGGGAGAGCACAAAAAAGGCAGAAGUGGAAGCUGAGUUGAAAAAAACUGAACUGAGCUGAAAAAAGAUUGAGGAAGCAUUUGAGAAGAAGAAGGCAGAACGUGCAGAGAAAAUGAAGAACAAGAUGGCCAUGAUCCAUAAGGCAGCAGAAGAGAAGAGAGCAAAUGUUGAGGCCAGGCGUGGGGAAGAUAUCCUGAAGGCAGAGGAGACAGCUGCAAAAUAUUGGGCCACAGGACUUCAUCCAAAGAAGGUCAUCGGGUGCUUGAGUGCCUAAAUUCGAGUAUAAUAGAAAAUUAGUGGAUGAAGGCAUCAUUUAGGUGCAGUUUGUUACCUCAUCCGUGCUUGCUGUUGAUGCUGUGUUUGUGUGCAUGUAUGUAUGAAGGGCUUGUAGAUGGUCCAUCCAAUGAUCCAAUAACAAAAUGUUCCAGUGGUGUAUUUAUGUUCGUUCAGUUGACAACAUAAAGAUUAUCACUUAUCCAACCAUAAA